AUGGCACCGUCAGCCAUCGACAAAGUUGAACGUGACCGUGACACUGUUAAAGUUAAUCUUACCUGGUUGGAAAAGCGUUUCAAUGACCACGUCACAGCGCCUGCCCCAGAAGCGAAGAUUCGACACUACAUCAAAACAGUGGAACGUGCUCAAGAGAAGAUUGAAGAUUUAUUUCAGAAAAUCGCAUCAAUUGUUGACCCCAAAGACAUGGAUCCUCAUUCAGCAGAAUACAUGUCAAUGAAAGAUCGAGCCCUGGAAUUGGAGCACCAGUUUGCAACAGUUCUCAAGACCUUCGCCGUUCCUGUCAUCCCCACAGCUGCAUCACCUUCAACUCCAAGUACCCUACAGCUACCUAAGUUGACCCUUCCUACCUUCGACGGUGACCUCAACGAGUGGAUAGCUUUUCGAGAUAUGUUCACGAAUGCAGUCCACAACAAUGCAAGUCUAAGCAAAUCACAGAAACUUACAUAUCUCAAAGCGCAACUAAAAGGUGAAGCUGCACGACAGGUCCAGUCCAUUACAAUAUCCGACGCCAAUUACGAUAUUGCAUGGACACAAUUGUCAGAUCGAUACCAAAACGACCGUGAGAUUUUCUUUUCAAUUAUGAAGCGAUUCCAUGACCAACCACUUGUUCAGCCACACUCAGCCCAUGGCAUUCGCCAGCUACUCGAUGUGAGUCGCGAAUGCAUCCGAUCCCUUGAUGUUUUGAAGUUGUCAACGCACCAUUGGGGUGCCCACCUCAUGUUCAUCAUCGCAAGGAAGAUGGACUACGCCUCCAAGGAAUUGUGGGAGCAGUCUCUCAAAGACAGCGCAAUUCCGUCCCUCCAAACACUUUACGACUUUCUCGAGCAGCGUGCCCGUGCUCUCUCAGCGAGCUCCACCAACGCCCAGAAGUCGUCAAAGCAAGCAACCCAUAGACACGACAAUGAGAAGACUUCACGUCCCAAUGGCCAGCCCAGUCGUAAUCUUGCUCAUCUCGUCCAGUCGCCACCAUGCAAAGUAUGUUCGGAAAACCAUCCAGUUUUCAAAUGUCCAACCCUAAAUGCCAUGUCCGUACAAGAACGGUCCGAAGCGGUGAAGAAAGCCAGCCUUUGCUUCAACUGCCUCAAAGACAACCAUACAAGCGCCCAGUGCCCAAGCUCAAAGACGUGCAGAACCUGCAACGGUAAGCACCACACUCUUCUUCAUCGCGGACGGAACCCUGACGCCUCCCGAUCGCAAGAAACCAGCAGUCACAUGGUCCACCUCGCCCGGUCCGGUACUGCCACUGCCACAGCAAAACCUGACAAGCAACACAACGGUUCAAAUGGUCAAGUUUUCGCCACCACAUGUCAAGAUAUGAAGACCAAGAAUUUAGAAACACUUCUGGCAACAGCAAGAGUCCUCGUUCCUGAUCGGUACAGUAAAUUGCAACCCAUCCGCAUUCUCAGCGAUAGUGGAUCCAACACCCACUACAUCACGGAGAGCUGCAUCAAAAAACUCGGAUUACCAAGAACCCGAUGCGUCGCUUCCGCCACUGGACUUGGUGAAGGAGCCCUUACUGUCGCCAAAGGAUUUACAUGGCUCACAGUUAGUCCCCAUUUCAAUCCAUCCAUAUCAAUGAAAGUCAAGGCGCUCAUCAUUCCCAAAAUCACUGGAGAUUUGCCCUUGAACCCCAUCAGUCAGCACCAAUGGCCACAUCUGCAAAACCUGAAGCUUGCAGACCCCAGUUGGCAUCAGCCUCUCCCAGUAGACAUGCUACUGGGGGCCGAGUUCUUCUUCGAGGUCACCAAAGACGGCAAGAAGACUGGCCCACCCGGAAGUCCCGUCGCACUCAACUCAUCAUUUGGUUGGAUGAUUGGAGGAGGGUGCCCGGACUACAACAACUCUCUUCUCCGCAAUGUGUCCCAUUUGUCCACGACAGAUCACAUGACCGAAGAGCAGUCCCUUGACCAAGCAAUGCGCAAAUUUUGGGAAAUUGAAGAAGUUCCACCUCAUCGCACCCUGACCAAGGAGGAAGAAGCAUGCGAAGAACAUUUCACCUCCACCGUCAAGCAAACAAGUAAUGGACAACUAAUGGUUCACAUCCCGUACAAGUUACCAUGCCCUGUCCUUGGUUCCUCCCUGGAAAUUGCAAUACGAAGACUGAAACAAAUUGAACGCAGAUUAGCCAUGCAACCCCACUACAAAGAUGAAUAUGCCAAAUUCAUGAAAGAAUAUUUGGACUUAGGCCACAUGACUGAAGUCGGCCCACCAGACAAGGACGACACCAAUCACUGCUAUAUUCCUCACCAUUUCGUACUCAAGGCCGACUCCACUACAACAAAAUUUCGUAUCGUGUUUGACGCCUCCUCCAAGACGUCAAACGGCGUGUCGCUCAACGACACAAUGUUGAUUGGACCUACCAUUCAAGAUAACCUGUUCGACCUCAUCCUGCGCUUUCGUCUCCACAAAAUCGCAUUCACCGCCGACGUGGAAAAAAUGUACAGACAAGUCCUCGUCCGUCCCGAAGAUGCAAACCUGCAAAGAAUUGUGUGGAGAGAGAACAGCAACGAACCAAUCAAGCAUUUCAUAUUGCGUACCGUUACCUAUGGUACUGCAGCUGCCUCCUUUCAAGCCACCAGGGCCCUACAAGAAGUUGGACAACUCAAGAAAGAAGAGUUACCAAAAGCUGCUGCCGUCAUUUGCCGCGACUUCUACAUGGAUGACCUCAUCAGUGGAGAUGCGAAUGAAGAAGAUGCACUCAUCACUCAAUCUCAACUCCUCGAGGCUAUGGAAUCAGGCGGAUUCAAACUCCGCAAAUGGUCCUCAAAUUGUGAAACCCUGCUCAACGCACUACCCGAAGACCUACCAGAGUCAAAGUCAACUCUGCCCCUUGACGUGGAUCCCACUAUCAAGACGCUGGGAAUCUGCUGGAACCCCAAAGAAGAUGUCUUUGUAUUCAAGAUACAACCCCCUGCCCACGACGAUACACCUCUAACAAAGAGGAAAGUUCUCUCAGAACUCGCCAAAAUAUUUGACCCUCCCGGCUGGUUAUCACCCGUCAUCAUCAACGCUAAACUACUGAUGCAAUCCCUUCACACUCUCCAAGUUGGAUGGGAUACUACGCUACCUGAAUCCAUUCAACAACAAUGGAUAUCCCUGGUCCGUGACAUGUCAACCCUAGCAAGACUCCAGUUACCACGACACUAUCUACACGACUCCACGAUCGCCAGUCCCACGCUGGAUGUUCCGGUGGUCACAAAUAUGUCUGGUCUCUGUGGUCAAUCAAGUCAGUUAAACCCCGCGAUCUCCAGUACCAUGCUGGGUGUUUCGGUGGUGGACACUGACUCUUCGAAACAAAGACAUGGUCACACUCUCCAAUCAAGUACUCCUCAUCAUCCCACCCAAUCCAACAAUUCAUCAUUGCCAGCUUAUUGUCUCGCUGGAUUUUCCGACGCAUCAGAACGAGCCUACUCAGCCGUGGUCUACUUUUGUGCAUACCAAGAAGAUAAGAUUUCGACAAGUCUCAUCACUUCGAAAACUAGAGUUGCUCCAGUCAAGACCGUUUCUCUUCCCCGACUCGAAUUAUGUGGAGCACUCCUCCUCUCUGAACUCAUGUCGUCAGUCCAAUCAGCCCUUCGGAUUCCACUACAUUCCGUCACAGCUUGGACCGACUCCUCCGUUACCCUCUCGUGGAUUAAGUCACACCCCUCUCGAUGGAAGACCUUUGUUGCAAACCGUCUCACAAAGAUCCAAGCUCUUGUUCCCCCUGAACGCUGGGGUCAUGUCCGCUCCGAGGACAAUCCUGCCGACUGCGCAUCCCGUGGCAUAAGUUCAUCCAAACUUAUCAAUCACUCUCUAUGGUGGAAAGGUCCACACUGGCUCAAGCAUGGAAUUCCAAUUCCACAUGGAGUUAUUGGACCCCAUGAUGAUCAGUGCAAAAAUGAAGAACGGAAUCAAACAAUUUGCCAUGCAGAAAUCUCGUCUCCAAAUCAAGUCCUACUUAACAAGUACUAG